AGUAGUGGCCACACGGAAGGACAAAAAAAAUGCAGACGACGAUGUGCUUCCGGAAGGAGAUUAUUGCCGGACCCGACAGUUGUUGCUGAUGUUGGGGGCGGCUCACGUGUGCCGGGUGCGGAUGCUGUACCGGAGGAUCCUCCUCCUCCACCGCCUCCUGCCCCCUGACCUGCGGGCUCUGGGCGAUCAGUAUGUCAGGGACGAGUUCAGGAGGAACAAGACGGCUGAGCAGCAGGAGAGCGAAAGAUUCAUACAGGAGUGGAUGGAAUAUGCACAUGUACUGCAGAAACAGGUUUCACACACAGUGGUGGAACCAAAGCAAAAAAUGCAGUUAGGAGCUGACUUAACGGAGGAAAAACUAAAAGGCUUCAACAAUGAACAAAUUGGACAGCUGUAUGAACUGAUGCAAGAAGCCACAAAGCCCAAUCUCCAGUUUAAUAUAAAAAAUGCUUCCUCCUGUAAGAACUCAUAAUGAUGUGUGCAAAACAAGUUAGGGCAAAUACUAAAUAUUUAGUAUUUCUAAAUACUGCAUGUCUUUUAGAAAUGCCUACAUAUUUUACUUCUUAAUCUGUCCAGUUAUUCAGAACAAACAGGACAAUCAUCAAUUCAAUAUAGACUAGUAAAACAAAUCUCACGAAUAUUGGAUCAUGUUGUAAAUAUGGUGCAAACAUCACAGGACUGAAUUUAUUUAAAAAUGUAUUUUCAUGUCGGAAGUUUUUCAGAUUGCUAAAUUCAUUAAGCAAUUUUUUUGCUUGGAAUAAGUAGGAAGAAUCAAAUUGAUGCAUUUUCACGAUUGUGCAAUUUUGAUUAUGUUGGGUAAUAAAAAUAAUAAACCUUG